GAUGGUCGCAAAAUGGCGGAUUUUGACGAGCUCAGGGUAGGGGGAAGUAUAUAUUUCGGAAACUACCACGUCGUUUUUUUAGAAUGAGCACCGAACGUCUUUCGCAUAUAAUGUUAGCAUCACUUUUAUUCGGAUUUUUUUUGUGAAACUGUGUGUUCCUCUGCCAGUGAUUAGCUAGCUAAUGUUACUUAGCUGACUUGGCUAGCUAACGUUAAUGGUUAGCUAGCCACAUUAAACUAUUGCAAGCUUGAAUGCUUGCUGCUAGAUGCGGAAUAUUUGUUAAUAUGGUUUAUUAACUAUGAGUUAGUUAGCUAACUACUUUCACAUCAAAUGCUAUGAUUUCCCAGAACAUGCAACUAAUUCAGUGUUGAAAUGGAAUUAAGUUAGACUAGCUAUAACCUGUAUUUUAUUUUCAAGUUUGGAGGUUUACUGCUGGCUUUGUUUUGUUGUCAACUUUAGCCAACUAGCUAGCUCGCUAACUUGUAUUCUUAUAGCUGUCGUAAGCUAUUGCAUCUCUAUGGUGGUGAUGGCAGUCUUACGUUAGCUAGCCUAUGGCUGUUUAGCCUGUAACGUUAGCUGGCCAACUGAAUAAGCGCCUCUUCUAUGCUGCUUACUAGCUAGUUAUAUAUAACAUAUGUGGAGAAUUGGAGAACUGGAUAAAUUGGUGUAACCUCUUUUUUUAGGUAGUUAGUAACUCACUAGCUAGCUAAGCUAGCUGGAUGUGCUAACUUGUAAGUUAUCCGUUUGCAACAUUUGUGUUUUUAUCCUCUGUUUUGUUCUUUCUUUUAACGGGUCUUGGAAUUAUUCUUAAAUUUUAGAGCGCUUACGAUCAUAUUUGUUUAGGAAUUGUAAAGAAAAGGAUAAACGCGUUUGAACAAUCAAGCAUGGACCAAAUAUCGAAGGAAUAUGGUAUCAAGUUUCCGAGUGUCAGAGCUACAGGUGUUAUUGGGCUUUGCAGGACAUAACAAGAGUGGUCACAAGCAUGAACUACUACUGAGAGCUCUGCAUUUGCUAAAGAGUGGCUGCAGUCCAGUAGUGCAGAACAAAAUCAAAGAACUGUAUCGACGGCGUUAUCCCAGGACGUUAGAAAGCCUUCCUGACUUUUCGCUAAAUUCUGUGUUUUCCCUGGAAAACGAGACUUCGCUGGUGGACUCGGACCUUUCCCUUAGAGCUGGGCACGUUCAUGGUUCAAACCUGGAGUCCCAGCACUCUCUGACCCACAGUUCUGUCCUACUGCAAGAGACCAAGCACAGGAUCGACAUGCAGCAGUCCGCACCCCCCAUACCUCCCGUUCACCCCGACGUGCAGCUGAAGUCUCUUCCUUUUUAUGAUGUCCUGGAUGUUCUCAUCAAGCCUUCAAGUCUGGGUGCCAGCAGCAUUCAGCGCUUCCAGGAGAAAUACUUCAUUUUUGCACUGACGCCACAGCAAGUACGUGAGGUGUGCAUUUCCAGGGACUUUCUCCCUGGUGGUAGGAGAGACUACAUGGUUCAGAUACAAUUAAGAUUUUGCCUUGCAGAGACCAGCUGCCCACAGGAAGAUAAUUACCCAAACAGCCUGUGCAUUAAAGUGAAUGGCAAGCUUUUUCCUCUUCCGGGUUAUGCUCCGCCUCCUAAGAAUGGAGUAGAACAGAAGAGACCGGGGAGACCCCUGAAUAUUACUUCCCUGGUUAGGUUAUCCUCAGCAGUACCCAAUCAGAUUUCAGUUACAUGGGCACCAGAAAUUGGAAAGACGUACUCGGUGUCCGUGUUCCUGGUCAGGCAGCUCACGUCUUCAUUGUUACUGCAGCGGUUAAAGAUGAAGGGCAUCCGGAAUCCUGACCAUUCUAGAGCACUAAUCAAAGAAAAACUAACCGCUGAUCCUGACAGUGAGAUUGCAACGACUAGUUUGCGAGUUUCACUGAUGUGCCCUUUGGGGAAGAUGCGGCUGACCGUGCCCUGUCGAGCGGUUACAUGCUCACACCUGCAGUGUUUCGACGCAGCCCUCUACCUUCAGAUGAAUGAGAAAAAGCCCACCUGGAUUUGCCCUGUGUGCGACAAGAAGGCUGCUUACGAGAGUCUGAUCAUUGACGGGCUGUUCAUGGAGAUUUUGAACGACAGCUCAGACGUGGAUGAAAUCAAGUUCCAGGAAAAUGGAACGUGGUGUCCAAUGAGGCCAAAGAAGGAGUGUUUAAAACUGUCAUCCCAGCUUUGUGCUAAAGUAGAAAGCCCUGCCAUUGUGCAGCCGUGCAUGUUGGUGUCCCCCAGUGAACCCAGUAGCACCAAGAAAGCCGACAUUAUUGACCUCACUCUGGACAGCUCGGAGGAGGAAGAGGAGGAGGAAGUGGAGGAUCAUCCACUGAAGAAGCGCUGUCUCUACAUGUCAAAGGCCGAGGAGGCGCACACAAAGGGGGUUCUGGCCUAUCAGCCGUCAACAUUGCGAAUGCCCAAUAUCCAAGCUGUGGACACAUCCUACUUGACUUCCUCACUUGCGGACUAUGCAGUUCCAUUCCAUCACACUGCCUUGUCCACUAUUUCUGCAGACAUGCCAGGCCUGGAUUUGUUCUCACUGAUUCAGGGAGAUGCGCAGCAUUACCGUACGCCGAUGUUCCUGGACAGCCUGCCCAGCAGCCUGCAGAUCCCCACCUCCAGCACCGGCCUCAUGACCUCCUCCAGCCAUUACGAGAGCAGUGCUCAUGGCAGCAGCUCCAGCCACACCGAGACGGCCGUCAUCACCGGAGGAGGGGCCAGCAUCUCCGACAUCAUAUCCCUGGACUAAAUCAAGACUCACAUUCUCCCAUUCCACAGCUCCGUAUCAGUACUGCCAUUUCUAAUGAACUGUCCUUUUUUAUUUUUGAAGUUGGCAAAAUAAGAUUUUUUUAUUGUAAUUUAUAAUGCUGCAUAUUGCCUUUUUUGUAUAGGUGAACUUUCGUGACCUUUUUUUUGGUUGAGGGAAGCAUUGAACAUUGAACGAUCAUGUAUUUUAGUUUUUCCGCCUGAAUGACAGAAAAAGCAAAAGCAAUAGAAGUUACUCAACUUUGGAAUAAUGAAUGCCGUUGUGUACUUCUGGCUGCUAUGUUCCAUCUUACCGCAUAGCAAUACAAUGUUUUCUGUAUAAAAAAAAAGAAGCAUUUUUGGUUUAUAAAGUUUUCAGUAAAUUAGAAGGUCCAUUCUGUUUUGUGUGAUCAGAAUUUUUUUAAUUAUUAUAAUUUCUUUUUAACUACCUCUGUAUUUCUCUAUAGAGCAGGAACCCAGCUGAUAGACUGAAUUUACGCUUUGGGAUUUUUGUUUGUUUUUGUCUAAAGCCAAAUUACUUACCCAUGCCAGCUUGACUCUGCAGUCUUAUCUGGUGCAGGAACUGGGUUACAGAAAUUAGUUUUUUUUAUUACUGCAGAGCUCCUAUAAAGCAGUGAUAAAAGGGAGGAAUUGUAGAGAUUUUGUUCAAAUGAUUGCAAUUUAAAUUACCUUCACUUUUUCAGUCUACAGUGGUUAAUGUGACACUUCAAAACUGUCCACAACGAUGGUGAGGCAACCAAGCUUUGUUGCCCAAACCCUAUCCGGGUCAUUUGCUUCUGUUCUAAGAUGAUUUGACUUAUAAAUACUUGUCUUUAUAAAUACUCAUUGGCUUUUUAAAGGACAUAAUUUCUCCCCUCUCAGCUGCUGCUGAUGGAAUAGAUGCCUUGUUCUGUAACUGUAAAUGUUUGGCACAUAUUCCUGUUUAUAUUAAAUACUUGUAGGGGAUGUGUAAGUUUGUUAAUGAAUAUGUGUGUUGCCCAAAUUAAUACUAUUUCUCAAAAUGGAAACAGAAAUGAAAGAAGAAGUAGUAUUGUCUUGCCAUUUUGAAUGUAUGAAUGAGCAGAGGGAAACCAGCUUGCAUUAUACAGGAUUUAACACCGUAAAACUCAGGAAACCAUAACCUGCAUAGAUCAAUCACCAGCUGCUUUCCUACUUCCAAUUCAUAGAAUUGAAUAGCUAUUUUUUGUGAUGAUAUGUCAAAACUGUAUAAAUUAACCGGGAAAUGAACUAAAUGUUCUGCAAAAUUACUGUCCAAAGAAUGGAAACCAAUAUUUGGAGAUAAUCUGCAGUGAAUUUGUGCUGUGCUGUUAAGAGAAUUUUUAAGAUCUCUUCUGUAGGGUGCUACUGUAAAUACGUUUUCCUGUGACUGUCCCAAAAUUAAAGGAUAGUUUUGUAUUGCCAUUCUGUUUGUAUAUCACUGCCCUCGCUGUGCCAUUCCUCAUCCCAAAUUACUUAUGUUUUCCCGCCUGAGUGUCCAAAGUUUUCUUUACCCCUUUGGGAUAAUUCUUGUUUGCAUGUAUUUUAUUUGUGUGUUUAAGCCAGUGAUUCUGAAAUGAUUUAACGUGUGAUGUUGAACAUGAAAUAUUAUGAAAAUGUGUUCCAACUAAAUUGAUGUUUGACUUGGGAAAGGGCCUUGGCAUUGAAAGCAUUUAAACAUCAUGAAGUGCAGCUUGCUUUUGUUUAAAAAUACAAUGCAUUCCUGUCCUUUGUUCAUUGUACCUCAGUCACUACACAAUCAAGGUACAAUAUGGCAGUGCUUGACGUAAAACCAGUAAGGGGCAGUUCACCCAAAAAUGAAAUUAAGGGAUGCUUCCACUUACCUGGAGUAGUAUCUGUUCAUCCAGAUAGUUUUACUGAAAUGUGUUGCUUUUCUAAAUAUUUACUGUAGUUAACCUUGGAAAAGCGUACUGUGGGUCUUUUGGCAACAAUCUGGAUAAACAGAUACUACUUGGGCAAGUGGAAACAUUCAUUUUUGGGUGAACUGCCCCUCCUGCUUGCCCUUUGAGAGAUGCCUGUAUCCUCAGUGGGAAACAAACAAAGAUGUUAUAGAAUAUUAACAAUUUUCUCAGAAAAGCCAUGAAUAUUUGUAUUGUUCUACACAGAAUUCCCAUUAAAUAAAUCUAAAAAUAAA